CUCCUUUUCCUGGUCUGCUGUGCUGCCUUGGUUCGUCGACGAGGCGGCGCUCGCCAGGCUCGGCAGAUCAGCUCGCCUCUCACGUUCAAAGCAAGGACGUAUUCACUAUAGUACGAAAAUCACCUUUUUGCGUCUUGCCCCGUCGGUGAAUUCAGUCGCACUUUUCUUCACCGGCAGGCGCUCGCGAUUAUUUGUUUGACCCGCCUGUUACUCUCAAUCGAGUUCUUCGCAUGUCUCCUCGCAGGUCAUGCGUGAGAUCCGGAGACUCGGCUGGUGCCUUGUCUGGUCUCGCUGCGCCUGCAUUCUCCCAUGUUCUUGGCGUUUUUGCUGUCGCGUGCUUCUCACCUUCACGACUUCAGGGAGUCUUUGUUUGUGUCUCUCCCCUUAGUUUCCUGUUGCACGGCUGUUCCUACUACCGUUUCGUUUUCGGCGCAGGUCUGGUCACGCUCUCGUGACUGCAUUUCUGUUUCUUGUCGCUUCGGACGUUACUCACGCCUUCAUCAUGUUGGCGUUCGUCGCGGUAUACAUACACGGCACGGAGCUGCUUGCCCUUGUCGACACUGGCUCCGAGGCGACGCUCGUCUCGCUAUUUCUCGUCAACUGCCUCAAUUUGUCCAUCAACAGAGAGUACCGAGGUUUCGCAACUCACCACACAUCUUCUGCGUUGUCGUCGGCUGCGCCUGUCGUCCCUCCGCCUUGUCCUGUCCCUCCUGGUUCUUCUGCUUUUAGCUCGUCAGAUACUGGCUCUCCUGCUGCACCAUCUCGCGCGCUCUCACUGUCUAGUCGAGCUGCGGCAGGCAGAACUGCGCUGCACCUGAAUGAGAACCAGACAAGAGGCGAGUCCGGUACCCCUCGGGCUUGUGAGUCUCAGGAUGAGACUGAGGCGGAAAGCCAAGCGAACAACGAGGAAACAGAGACAGAGAAACGCGAUCGUCAAGUCGAGCAGGCGGCGGCCGCCUCCCAUCUUCCCGCGUCUCAAGUGUCUGUACACGGCGCAGGGUCGGCCAUCGUUGGCCGAGUGGAAAACCUCCAAGUCACCUUUCCUGUUUUCUCUGUAGAGACAGAAGACCUCAACGAGCGAUCAGUAGAGGCCACGACAGGCCCCCGAGAAACCAAGGAGACAGACGAAGAGCGACCUGCGCAAGCAGAGGCCACCGGCGCCAUCGCAUCUCAGAACCAGUCAAGAGGAGCCGAAGCUGCAUGCGAUCGGGAAGCGCCGAGAAACAGCCGUCUUGAAUUUCGAAAGCCUUGCUUACUGCCAGUAAUAUGUGACGCCAUCGUUCUGGAGGAACCUUCACAGCAUUAUCAUUCGUCCCUGCCCCGCGCAGCUUCCUCCUCUACCCCUUUGUCUUCCUCUGUCCGGACUUCUUCUGUUUCUUCUGCUCGUUCGCCUUCUCCCGUUUCUGCUUCUUCGUCUGUUUUGCCUGCUUCACAGUUCUUGCUUGUCUUGGGGCUGGAUGCGUUGGUGGCGCUUGACGCUGUCGUGGACCUUCCCCGUAGGCGGCUGUUGAUUGGAAAUGGCCGCUUUGCAGCUACGCUCUUCUUCGGCGACCCUUCGGCGUUAGGUGCUUAUCUGAGAUAA